AUGUGUACUUGGGAUGCUGCUGGACAUCACAACAGGGAUGCCACGACCGGGGCGGUAGCGCAGCACUGCGAUACACCAUCUUCAUCUUCUCUACCUUCUUGUACUCUCCACGCGGCUACGAGUGCCCGCGGCGACGAGGGCCACCCGCUAAACUACACAGCCGGGAGCCUUCGUCGAUCAACCCCUUGGUGUAAGCGCUACUCGCAACGCCGCGCCUGCCUUCAUGUGCACGGGGUGUACCCCUCGCUGCUGCUCCCCCAGUACGACCGCAACGUCUCUGCCGAGCAGCUGGCGGCGCAGCUCGAGGCCGUCGCGCUGCGCAUUUUCGCGCGACAGGGCACCUUCGUGCCGGGCCAACAGCUGGUGCACAACAUCCGCAUUGUCCGCCGUUUCAACGUGUACGGCUACCGGCCCCACGCACACGCUUUUUACGAGGUGGAGCUCAUCGACCCCGACUUGCUGCCAAGGGUUGUGGGUGUGCUGCAGAACUCGACGGAGGUUGGUGGGCGGCAGUGGCAGCUGUACGAUGCGCACCAUGGAUAUCACAUGCAGUUUAUGGUGCGGUGGCGCGUGAACGGCGUGGCACCAUUUCUCCUGCCAGUUGAACGGUGCCAUGUGCGGCUGCCAACCGUUCUCGAGCUCUCGGAGAACCCGUCUAUCCUGUCGGCGUCUCUUUACACGGCGGGUGGGCUGCAGGUUCUGCGGCGUCGCUGCAGUGAUGAUAGCGACGCCGCGAAGCGAGAGCUGAGGGAGAAGGACGAGGAGGAGCACAAGGACUCGGGUGUCAUGUCUGCGCAGCGGUCUCAGCUCCUCUUUCGCCGGCGCUGGCGACCUGAUGAGUUGGAUCGAUUCACUACGGCUGAGGUGGAGCUGGACGUCGCUGGCGUCGAUCUGCUUGACCACUCCUCCGCAUUGGAGGAGGUGGCUGACGGUGCAGCAGCAGCAGCUGUGAAGGGGCGACGAAGGACCGUGACAGCCGGCGACAACCUCAGCUACACACGCCGCAUCAUACGACACUACUUCAGGGAACAUGGAAUGCCGGACGCCUUGCGCGUUGCAGACACCAUCGUGAUGGAGCACCAUCAGCGGGAGUGCGCACAUUUAACGGCUGCCGUGUCACGGCAGCGAACUUCGCCAUUGACUGCCACAGCUGCAGCCGCAGCCGUGCCGGGGUCAAAGGAAGGGGAGGAGCGGCAGCAGAGGCGUUGCAGCAGCGUGAUGCAGCUCCAGCGCGGCGAUCCAACAGUGCGGUGGCUACGGCAGCGUAUGCUAGCAUACUUGGCGGAGAGGGCGGAGCUCAAUUCCGAAGUCACUGCCGCGCGUGUUGCUUCUUCUUCUCCCAAAACAGAAAACGGUGGCGAAGCUUCCACCUCCAUGCAUCUCGCCAAGACCAAUGCUACCGCGACUUGGGCGUUGCCGCUCUCCUCCACUGCCUUUCGUGUUGGCAGCGCUGCAAAGCUGCAAGAGCAGCCUGCCAUUCGUCAGUCGCUCCUUGCCGAGUACCGCCAACCUGGCGGUGCCACUACAGUGCCGAGUCGACAGGGCUACCGACGCGGGGCCACAGAUGCGGUGACCACUCACGCGUACACAGACGCUCAUAUUGUCGUACGGUCGUCGUGUACGCACGUUCCCAAUCCAGCAGCAGCCGUCGCUGGCGGAGAUGCACUGUACGUUGGCUUCAGCCCAGAGAGUCUGCAGCUUUCUGUAUCUCAAGGGCACGCUCGGUUACAGCAGCCACAGCCAGCAGCAGCGCCAGGGAAUGCCGUGGCGCAGUCUGUCUCCUCUUCCUCACAUCUUUCCUUCUUCGACAAAAUUUCGCCCACCACCUACGCCGAUGUUGUGGCUGCGCCGACACAGGACUUGCUGAUGGCGCUGGCGCAGCCAAGCACACCCCCGGUACCGUCUCAGACGAGUGCAACUACCACCUCCGUCGCAGCAGCGGCCACUACAACACCGCGAGGGAGCUCACUGAAGGAGGAGGAGGCAAGCGAGGUGGGCUUCAGGGUCAUGCGGUCGGCGCAGGAGAGAAAUCGUGAAGUGGUGAGCAACGCGGACGUGACUUUGGCGUGUGCAGCUUCUGCCGCGCCGACCGCUGCAACGUCGGCGCCUGCGGGCUCCUCGUGGUCGUCUGCGUCGUCGCUCUCCUCCACUGUGUCCUCUUCCAGCGGAAGAGCCUCUCUGGAUGACGACGGCGGCUGGGUGGGCCAUUGCGGGGGCGUUGGCCCGUCCUUUCUUCGUUCCUCAGCGGCACAGCCCCAUCAGAGAGCGCAGGAGAAGCCGCGCUCCGCGGCAUUUGUCCCUGCUGCAGUUGUAAGCGAUGCGCCGGCGCAGCGGCUGCUGCGGUCAUCUGUUUGCCCUUCUCCGAGAGCCAAUAAAUGUCAGCAUGACGACUUGGCAUUCGAUGCUCUGGACAGCGUCGAUACGGAGGUGAUAAGGCGAUCGGUCGCUGCCUCACAAGAAGAUGGGUCACUUCUGCCACUAGAGAGCGACACCAGCAACACGGCAUCGGAUGAGCUGGUGAGUACGAAGGACGGCCUCACUCCAGAAGGCCAGCGUCGCUGCGCUGGCGUCGCUGCGACUGCAUCGCUGGUUGCUAUGCAGUCGCCCCAUCUCCUUCCCACGCGCCAUGGCUUCGUGGUGGGGGACUGUGUAGCUUUCGUCUGCGUGCGCGACGUCGCGUCUUUCUGUCACCUCGGCGAGGUUCUGGCCGUGGCCCGUGUCGCGGCGUUGGCGACGGAGAUGGCAGAGCUGCAGUGGCUGCUGCGCUUGAGUGAGACGCACUUGGCUGCCGAGGAACAUACGCUGGUACGCCGAGGUUCGUGGCUGCGAGCACAACGUCCGUCCGCCACCGCUACCGCUAGCACGGCGUCCUCGAUGAGGGACCACCAUAGCCACACUGCCGGAGCUGCACACCCCGUGCAGCUGGGGGAAAUGGUGCUUGGCGACGUUCGCGAUAGCGUUCCCAUCUCGAUUCUGGAGGGAGACGUACGAGCUGCUCUCACUUACGCGGCUGCUCCUUCCGCCCCAACGCAGCGACUUCCUGCGGGAGAAGCCGCAGCAUCUGCGGCGUGUGUUCUGGGUGUGAAGACUAUAGGCUUAACAGCGCGCGAGACAGGGCCUGAGGAGCGAAGCGUGUCGCGGCAACCAAGACCGCGUCGUCCUUUAGACGAUGCGGCUGCUGAGGUGCAGGUUUGGAGGGCUCACUGCUUCACCACUGUGGCGGCGUAUCAGAGCGCAGCAGGACCACCUCAUGGCGGGCAUUGGCCCCACACCGACUACCCCAGCUGCAGCUCGCUUCCUCUGCUACGAGUUCUUUGCCGCUACGCGUACCAUGCCGAAGCGCGGGUGCUGACUGGCGUCUCCCCGGAUGUGUUCACGUCAGGCGCGCAGAUGUCCGCCGUUGAUAAACGUCCUCGACCUCCCUCACAGCGCAUCUCAUCGCGUGGUGGAAAACAACUGGAGAGCGGCGAGAGGACGACUGAUACCACCCCGGUGCACCGCUCGUCGUACGUACGCGCCUCAUUAUCUCGCGUGUGCUUUUCCCAGCCGCAGCUUCUGCUCUCUUCAGGUACCCCACUAGCGCACUCGAAAGCGGCGGUGGCGUCACUCACAUCCGCACAGGUACCCUCCUCCCCCUCUGUGGAGCCACCUGCGACGUUCGCCAUGGCGCCGAGGCGAGAGUCAAGUGAGGAUGGAGGCGAGGACACGUUGUUGUUCCCCAGCAGCUCUGCUUCAGCUGGCAGCAGUCGAGGCGAUCACAGAGAUGCGCCUAAACGCCGAGAAGUGGUAACGCCGCCUUGCGCCACGCGUUCAGCACUACCGGACCUCACGCCGAUGUCAGGGGAGGCACCUCUGCAGAGUCCCUCCGAGGCCUCCAGUGCACUUCCUUCACCCUCAGCUUCAGCACAACCGCCCCAACACGCCGCCGACGCAGAGUCGGCGCCCGUCAUUGAACGCCCCUGGCGAGUCUCAUUGGCGCGGACGCCGCCGCCCGACUUUGCUGUUGGCAGUAUUCGCGUUCAGCGCAGUGUACAGGCGGCCCAUCGCCUCGCUAACCACUCAUUCAUCUCGGAGAAGCAAGUGCGAUGGCGCCGACGUGGUGCCCGCUGGACAAGUGAUAAACACAACGGCGGCGCCGUGACAGACACCGCGGCAGCCGGUGCCGCCAAGGUGGAGGCAGCAGCAGCGUCGCAGCUGCCGUUUUCCAACGUGAUUGCUGACGCUGACGGCGACGGUGAUGAGGAGCAGCCGCUUGGUGCAACAGUAAGCAUUGACUCGGCGGUAGCUGAUGCAGAUGGCGGGGACACUGUAGCGGGUAUAGGGGGUCGAGGUACAACGGAGGUCGUGGUGGCGUCGGCAGCUUCGUCUUGCGUGCGCAGCAGCUCUGCGGCACCGCUGGGGUCGCUCAUAACCUCCUCUCUUACGUUCUCCCAGUUGUCCUCGUCAUCGGUGGAAGCCGUUCGCGAGGUGACGACUUCGCAGCGCGGCUUCCUCGACUUCCUGCAGGCAAGGAGGCACCUUGAUGAGGGAGCUGUGCGCACGACGUUGCUGCAGCAUCGAGGCCACCUGGACUGCAUUGUGGAUGGCAUGACACGCUGCUUUGCAGUGACCACAUGUGGACGAUACGGUUCGUUCCGCUCACGAUGGAGCGGUAGUGAUGACUCGCGCGUGCGCGUCUCUGCUGUCACGUGGCCGUGGACGGCAUCAACAGAGGUAACGCCGAAGGAUGGGGCACUGGCUCCCCCUCGGUAUGAGACGGUGGCGUCGUUCCCCGCCCCUCCAGCUAGCAUCACCGGGGUGGCGCGUAGUGCGAAGGCUGCGUCAGCUACCUUGCGAGCAGCGUCCGCAGACCACGGCCCCAAGCACCUCACUCGCUCGCUGGUGAGCAGGCGCACGUCUGUCAACCACGUCCCCGCUCUGUCUCUCUCCGCUACACAGCAGCCGCAGCACUACCUGCAGUGCACCUUGCGUGCGCUCUACGUUGAGGUGCUGCUGCACCGUCGCCCGGGAGAAGCGCUGGUUUCGACGAGUGAGGUACUCGCGGUGGGACUGGGACAAGCCACCACGGCCACCAACAGCACCAUCGCUGUUCGGGUGCUCUGCGUGAAAGCUGCAAUGCGUAGCUCCGGUGUUAGUGCGGCACACCCGGCUGCUGCGUCAUCUGCUUGGGGCUCGCUUCCGUCCACUGCUGGAAGUACACCAGCUCUCGUUGGACUCACUGGGGCGGUGCAGGUGGUGACAGUGCCAGACGAGGCGGCGCUCCUCGCGCGCGUGCGUGACGAGAUCCUCACGUACGACCCCGACAUCUUAAUCUCUUGGGACGGCUUUAAGUACGGUCUUGGACACUUGGCGCUGCGCUACCGGGCGGUGCUUCAGCGCAACCUGGCCUCUGACUUGUCCCGCGUGCUGCGGCAUCAUAGCUAUCAUCAGCUCAAUGCAGAUGGCGUGUGGCGCCCUGCGGCUGCCGCGUCAGCGUCGGGUGGGAACGGUGGCGCCGACAGCGGCGUGGCCGAGCCCGUUUACCCUUCAAUGUCGGAAGAAGGGUUAGCAGAGAUCUGUCGAGGGGCCGCAGAGGCCGGCGAGGUUGCCGCAGCAAAGUGUCGCCCAUUGCCACCCGCUUCCGACGCAGCUUCUCUCUUCGCGAUUGGCGACGACAGCAGCGGCGGGAGUGUGUAUGCGCAACAGCCCCUACAAAAUGCCAUCGCGAUGGCUGCGCACUCCUCGACAUUACCUAGCGCUGCUGCUUCUGCAUCCUCCGCUGCCCUGCUGAAUGACUUGGAUGAAGACGGCGAGAGCAUGGAUGAUAGUGGCGCAGACGAUGCGGGUGCCAAGGGUGGCGUGUGUGGCCGCAGAGACAGUGUCUUAGUGAGGCAGACUGCUGAGCUCAGCGGAAGACGCGUAAUUCACUGGGCGCACACCGGCUUACGGCGGAAUGGGCAGUCACCAAUGCUGGCGCGGCCGCGUGCAGAAGUCGACCUCAGCGCCGCAGCGUCAACAUCGACGCCGCCAGCGCCAGCAGCGGCGGCGGCUGACAAGUACGCGAAGCGGUUUGGCGCCAGCAUGCACGUGGUGGGGCGCAUUUGCAUGAGCCUCGGCAAGGACCUGCGCAAGUACAUCAAGAUGCCGAGCUACUCCCUCCCAAUGGUGCACGUUGAGCUGCUGGGGCAACCAUUGCCGUACUUUACAGACAGCUAUCUCUCCGAGCUCUUCCUGACACCGCAGUGCACCGAUGCCCCCGUCGGAGGCGAGCGGCAUACAGCGCUGCGCUACCUCGCUUCACGCGUCGCCGCACUGCACCGAAUCGCGUGCAAGCUGCACUGGUUCACGAAGUUGCUGGAGUUCUCGCGGAUGUACGGUGUCCUAACCAAGGAGGUCAUCUCCCGAGGCAGCCAGUUCCGCGUGGAGGCUACCUUUCUUCGCCUUGCUCAGCCUCUUGGGUACGCCAUGUUGUCACCAUCGCUGAGUCAGGUGCAUCGCCAGCCCCGCAUCGAGUGCAUCCCGUUGGUGAUGCAGCCCAAGUCAGACCUGUACCGCCAUGACCCCGUGGUAGUGCUAGACUUCCGCAGCUUGUACCCGAGCGUCAUCAUCGCCUACAACCUCUGUUACUCCACGUGCCUCGGCAUGGUGCAGCCACAGUCGCAUGGGCGUCUCGGGGUGCUGCCGCGGUUCAAGCAAAGCGACGCUACGCUGGCGGAGCUGCUAUCCGAUGACGGCGCUCAGCACGAUGGUGUCGUCUUCACCCUCAACGGUGCUAUGUUUGUCCCCCCCAGCACACGAGUCGGCUUGCUGCCGCAGAUGAUGAAGGCCGUGCUGGACGCGCGGUUCGAGGUACAAGCGGCGCUAAAGCACAUUGCCGCGCCGUUAGAAGAUAUGGCAAUGGAGCAGCGCCUGCAGGAGCAGCAGCUCGCUCUAAAGAUGCUAGCAAACGUGACCUAUGGGUACACCGCAGCGUCGUACACGGGCCGCAUGCCGUGUGUCGACUUGGCUGAGGCGAUCGUGUCGCUGGGCCGGCAGACGCUGGAGCGCGCCAUUGCUCUCAUCCACAGCACUCCGGCAUGGAGGGCCGAGGUGGUCUACGGCGACACGGACAGCUUGUUUGUGCGGCUUUCCGGCCGGACCAAGACGGACGCCUUUCGCAUUGGUCAGGAGAUAGCCGAUGCCGUCACCCAGUCGAACCCGACGCCGAUACGACUGCAGCUCGAGAAGGUGCUGCUGCCGUGCUUAUUGCUCGUGAAGAAGCGGUACGCCGGGUACAUGUGGAGCUCACCGACGCAAGCUGCCCCAACGUUCUUGGCGAAAGGGAUUGAGACGGUGCGACGCGAUCAGUGCCCCGCCACGGCGCUACUUGUAGAGCGACUUCUGCGGCUGCUUUUCGACGGCGCUAGUGCGACGGCGCUGCGGCGAUCGUACUACGCGGCGGUGGAACGGCUCCAGUCUGGGGCGGCAAACCCGAUCCAGUGCAUCUUCCGCCGUGGAGUGAGGUUGGGCCGGUACAGGGACUCGGGUGACGCACACCUACCGCUGGCCGCCCGCGUGGCCUUGGAGCAGAUGGAGAAGGACGUCACACAGACGCCGUACUGGGGAGAGCGACUGCCGUACGUGGUGGUGCGGUCCACCACCGCCAAAAAGCUCGCGGACAAGGUGCUUCAUCCGGAGCGCCUUCUUCAGAUUGACGACACCCACAGCCUGGACGCGACUUACUACAUUGUGCGCCACAUAAACAGCGCGCUAGACCGCCUGUUCUACCUUGUCGGCAUCAGCUUUGCGGAGUGGUAUGGGGCAAUGCCUCGACGGCGCACCGCGCACGCGGCACUGCUAAGCUUGCCGAUCUUCAUGGCAGCGCAGCAGCGACAGCAGCAGUUGCAGGGCGUGAUGUCACCUGAUGGGUGUGCUGCUUCCCCCUUCUUCUCUUCCGCUACCCCGAGCGCCGCUCUUAGCCCACAAAGCCAGCAAGUGCGCUUGGAGAAGCUCGAAUCAUUGAUGAAGGAACUCCACCACCCCCACAGCAGCCCAGGCUUGUUGUCCUCUCUCGUCGGCGGCGGUGUUUCCGCAGCGGCGACGACGGCAGCAGCAGCGGAGGUGAUCAGCGACGGUGAUGAUCAGAGUGGCGAGGUGGUGCAGCUAAGUGAGGUGGAGGACCUCACCCACUCCUCGAUACAAGAGGUAAUCGACGUAGACCAGUUGGCGACGCAGCGCAGCUGUCGCCCGUCGUCAUCCUUGACGGACGCUGUGUCACCGCCACUCGAGCUCUUUCUGAAACCUGGCCAAACUGCCUCCCGCUCUGGGAGGCGGAAUCAGUGGCGCACCGUCACUCUUGACAGCUUCUACCCGCGCACACUCUGUGUGGUCUGCGAAAAAGAGGCUGUCAGCCUGGCUGACAUCUCUCGACAGCAGGCCGUGCUGAUGCACGUCGGAGUGGGCGGAUUCGACGCAGCCGCGAGCGGCAGACUUUGCCCUGCUUUUCCCUGUGCAUCGGCCACUGCAGCACCCCCAGCGCCCCUGCCUCCCCCCCUCCUCUUCCCACCCAUCUGCACGCGAUGCUGGAGCGAGCCGCUGUCGCUUUACCUCCGCGUACAGCAGCAGUGCUGUUCUAUUAGCCAGCAGAUGAACGCGCUGCAAGGGCUCUGUGCGCGGUGCAUCAGCAGUGGCGGUGACGCCGGCGAUACCGCAGCAGACGAGUACAAGCUCGCCAUCGCAGACAUGGAGGAUAUGGAUGACUUCUGCAUGUCUGCGUUAAUGCGGCGCCGUGCCUUUCCAAGGCACGCGUACGAGGGCGUCGAUGGUAGUACGCCACGCCACGUGCUGGCUGCUGUGGAGCUGUCCGCCGAAGGUGUGCCACGUGGGUGCGUGUCGGUCGACUGCGCGAUUGGAUUUGAGAAGAAGUGGGUGGCGGCACAGCAGACGCAGUGGCAGUCCCUGCAACUGUUCCUGAAGAUGGCUUUGUAA